AUGGCUCCUACUACAUUCGAGAUCCCAACAGAGAUGGCUCCGGGUCCUUCCUCAUCCACCUCUCCAACUAUACUUCAGAAGUGCACUCGCUGUGCCUAUAUGGGCCCCGUCGACUCAUACCCACCCCGACGUACUGGUACAGGUCACCUCAAAGUAUGCAUCGGCUGUAUGGACAAACAAGUAGCACGGAAGUCCGCUGCCACUGUUGAUUCAUCUGGAUGUGGGCAGAUUGCCACCGCGGCGAUGAGCUUGGAUGACUUCUUGAAACUCGUCACAUUGAACAAAGGUCGCCCAUUCGACUUUGACACUAUGGUGAAUCUACCGCCGGGGAUGUUUGCAGCUGGGGAACAUUUGUAUAAUCGGACGAACAAGAUUAGAGAUUUCCUGGCAGAAGCAUCGGAAUAUCACUGGAAUCAAAAGAAAACAAAGCGCGGUGGAAAGUCGACGGUCGUCACAUACUUCUGUGCCCAGCUUGAAGGAGAGCAAUCAAAGUCGCGAAACCAAGAUGCCGAUCGCGCCAAGUCACGUUCUCGCAUCACUCGUUAUCAUUGUGGCGGCUGGCUACGUAUAACAACGAUGGACGAUAACGAGCUUCUUCUUCGCAUUCGUAUGACACAUGCUGAAGCGCACCCAAGUUUCCCUGCGUCGUUUCGCAAGUCGCAGUCGGGAGAAUUCAAGAUGGAGACCACACCAAAGCCAGUGCCGAAACAACCUUUGUUCACAACGGCGCCGAUGACAGUACCAGUUGGAAUUACUGAUGUGCCUCAAAUAAUGCCAAGGGAUGACGUGGGCCCAGAAGAGGAUGGCGUGGGACCCAUGUUAGAGCAGCCACAGGGGAACGGAGGACCACCUCCAGGCAUCCCUGAGGUUUAUUUCUCGCCAGACCAGCUUGCUGGACUGAGACGAAAAUUUGACGCCAUGAUGAGCAUAGCAUCCGGCCCUUGUCAUCCUGACCUAGCUCACGCUCUAGGAUCUGUAUUUGACCACUUGGAUCGUACGCUCCCUUCGCUUGGCCAAUCACCAGACGAUCCCGCUGGAGACCUGCUUUGGGCCAAUGGCCCAUAUGGGUCUCCGAGUCUGUCCCUUGAGACAGAACUGAGGGUUCUUGCCGACCCGUGA